UUUGUAUAUCGUAGCUACAAUCGAUAGAUUCAUACGGAAUAUCGCACAUCUCGUCCAUUUGGUCCAAGUCACCACCGCGUAUAGUUUGUGUUUUGUUCUUAAAUUCAAUCGAGUCCCUAAUACAGUUACAAAAUGGUUAGGGAGAACAAAGCAGCAUGGAAGGCUCAGUACUUCAUUAAAGUUGUGGAACUGUUCGAUGAGUUCCCAAAGUGUUUCAUUGUAGGCGCUGACAAUGUUGGCUCCAAGCAGAUGCAGAACAUCCGUACCAGCCUCCGUGGUCUCGCCGUCGUACUGAUGGGCAAGAACACGAUGAUGCGCAAGGCAAUUCGUGGACAUUUGGAGAACAAUCCUCAGUUGGAGAAGUUGUUGCCGCACAUCAAGGGCAAUGUUGGCUUUGUGUUCACCAAGGGUGAUUUGGCUGAGGUUCGCGAUAAGCUGUUGGAAUCAAAGGUGCGUGCACCUGCACGUCCGGGCGCCAUUGCACCAUUGCCUGUCAUUAUUCCGGCCCAGAACACAGGCUUGGGUCCAGAGAAGACUAGUUUCUUCCAGGCUCUGUCCAUCCCGACCAAGAUUUCGAAGGGUACAAUUGAAAUCAUCAACGAUGUGCCCAUCUUGAAGCCUGGAGACAAAGUUGGUGCCUCUGAGGCCACUUUGCUGAACAUGUUGAACAUCUCGCCAUUCUCGUAUGGACUGAUCGUGAACCAGGUCUAUGAUUCGGGUUCCAUCUUCUCACCUGAGAUCUUGGACAUCAAGCCCGAGGAUUUGCGCGCCAAGUUCCAACAGGGCGUAGCCAAUCUGGCUGCUGUCUGUUUGUCUGUCGGCUAUCCAACGAUUGCUUCGGCACCUCACAGCAUUGCCAACGGAUUCAAGAACCUGUUGGCCAUCGCUGCUACCACAGAGGUUGAGUUCAAAGAAGCUACCACCAUCAAGGAGUACAUCAAGGAUCCCAGCAAGUUCGCUGCUGCUACCGCCUCUGCGGCACCAGCUGCUGGAGCUGGCGCUGCCGAAAAGAAGGAGGAGGCCAAGAAGGUCGAGUCCGAAUCCGAGGAGGAGGAUGACGACAUGGGCUUUGGACUUUUCGAUUAAGCACCACAACAAUCACCAGCGAUUGAGCGCUCUAAUACAAUUUUCCAUGUUUACAUUAAUUCGGGCUAACUGCCUGUGCAAAUUAUUGCCGCGGCUUGACAAGCCCAAUGGCAAGUUGCAUGUGCAGUGAGCUACCAAAAACAACAACAA